AUGCUAAGCGGUCUCCGAAAGGUUUUCAGAUUUUCAAGGGCAACCGCAGUAGAUGCUCCAGAAAACUACUCGAUUCCAAGUGUGUCUGCCGAAGAAACCGAGCCAGACGAGACUCCAAAUGAGAGAACAAUCGUUGACGCUUAUGAUCCACCGAAAUCAGAGUUUGAGCCAGGAGAUCGUCAACGUCAUUUCGGGAUACUUCACUAUACAGUCAAUAAUCGAUUCAAGAAAAUGAUGCUUAUCGGAAUUAUUAACGUAUUUCUAAUUCUUGCCUUCUUCUUGUUCAUGUUCUUUUUUGUGGUUCAACCGAAUGUUCACGGAGGAGAGACUGCAGUGACAACCUUAUCGCCUACCACUUCAUCAGAAAAAGUCCCAAUAUGCACCAACAAUUUUGUGCUGAUCGAUGAGAAAUGUCUCCAGUUAAAUACAACUCUGUACAGUAAACCAACCGCUGAAGCUACGUGUAAUCGACUUGGCGCCACUCUCCUCACAAUUCAGAGUUCAGAGGAGAACCAAAAAAUCCAAUCUUUCCUCAGCAUCCACCAAAUCUCUCAAAUAUGGUUGGGGUUAAUUUGCAAUGGGAAAAGUGUCACAUCUUGUCAGUGGGAUAAUGGCUCAAAUGUCACCUACUAUGAUUUUGCACCCGGAUUCCCAAAUGUGGACACCGGAAUAUGUGUUUCUUAUAAUAUUACACACAAUUCAAUAGGUCAAUGGGAAAGCCUAGUUUGUUAUAAACAAUUGCCGUUUGUUUGUGAGCUGCCUACAACUACGUCAGACAACUGCACGAACAACUACAAGAAUCACUGUUACAUCCAGGUCGACCAAUCCGCCACCAUCCCGGAUGCUCAGAGAAUCUGCCAAGCUCAAUGCUCCAAUCUCCCAUCUGUACAUUCAGUGACCGAGAAUCUCUACCUAACUUCAAUUUACAAGUUCUCCGACACAAGUAUAAUUCUUGGCGGAAUCGCUUCUACACCUAAAUCGAUCUGGUGGUUUGAUGGCUCUCCAGUUAACUUUUUGAACUUUAAAACUUCUCAGCGAACUGUUGCCUCUUCUUGUAUUGUACUUCAUGUUGGUGAUGGAGGAGACUGGGAUACUGUAGAUUGUUCCACUACUGUAUCCACAUUUUUGUGUAAACGGGCUACGGGUGUCAGUUGUAAAUAAAAUAAUAUUCAAAUUUUACCAGUA